GUCUGAUAAUUUAUAAUAAAAAUUGAAUAUUCUUUGAAGACACAGACCAAUUUUCGAAACAGACGACGCCGAACAAAAGAAAACGCGGUAUAGAAGCAUGGCAAUAAAGUAUUUACCUAUGAAGUAACCACCACCACUUGAAUUUUCUUGGAAAUGUGCAGUUGAAAUAGAAAUGGUAACCAAUUGGGCAGCAGACGUAAUUGAACGAUUAUAGCAGAAUAAAAGAUAAACCGAAAAUAGAUACAAUUUGUUAGUAUGUUGGAAGAAGGAAAGGGAAGAUAUUCACGAUUACGUGGAAUUACUUGUCGAUCCUCAUUUUGUAAGGAUGAAAGAGUCGUCGGAUGAAGAUUUCGCUUACGCGAUGGCUCCGCUGAAAAUCAUGUCGUGGCCUGUAGGAACCUGGCCUCCUCAAGUGUACGAUAUCUUCUCCGCUAUACGUGCUAUAAUCGCGAUUCUACUUCUGCUACUCAUGCUGAUCAUCGUGCAAAUGGAGUUGUAUUUAGACAGUAGCGACGCCAAGAAGAAUCUGGACGCUCUACUAUUAAUUACCUGUGGCAUUUUGGCGUUAUCAAAGAUCAUACGCUUUCGCAUUCAGCCUGAUGGCCUUGUUUCGAAUUUUGUCUCGGCGGUUAAAGAUUAUAACGAACUAAAAGACCAAGAGAAACGAAUGAUAAUGCGAAGACACGCUUAUAUGGGUAGACUGGUGUCUGCUAGUGUGAUAUUUUCUUCGUGCAUCGGCUCGACUCUUUACUUGGCUAUCCCUAUGCUAUCUGGAGAUGAAGAAAAAGAUAUAGUUAACGUAACGAAAGGAAGUAUAAUGGAUUACCCUAUACCUUCCGAAUGUGUAAUGGCCCUUAUACAAUUGCCGGAUAAUUUGUUCUUUAUGGUUUUUAUCAUAGAGUACUUGAUGCUAUUGUUCACGAGCACUGGAAAUCUAGGAAGCGAUACGUUGUUCUUCGGUAUUAUUUUUCACCUGUGCGGUCAGGUAGAAAUUCUGAGAUUAGAGUUCAAUAGACUAGGUAACAAGAACGAAAGAACAAUGGAACGUUUCAUCGUGUUAAUCAAGAGGCACAUUUAUUUAUUGAACCUAGCCCACAUGCUCAACGAGACAAUUAGCUCUAUCUUGGUUAUGCAACUAUUCUCGAGCUGUGUGCUUAUUUGUACAACCGGAUUUCAACUUAUUCUCGAUCUGAGCAUCGGAAACAUAGUCAUGACGAUGAAAGGAUUUAUAGUUCUGAACGCUAUGUUGGUGCAACUAUUUGCAUACAGUUAUGUGGGCGAUUAUUUAACGCGCCAAAUGAAAGGUAUCAGCGACUCGAUAUAUUUUUGCAACUGGUACGAUAUAUCGAAAAGUAUGGCAAAAGAUAUUAUUUACGUUAUUAUGAGAGCUCAAUAUCCAGUGUUCUUGAAGGCUGGCAAUUUCUUUAUCGUCAAUAUGGAAACGUAUAUGAGUAUUCUGAAAACUUCUAUGUCGUAUCUUUCAGUCCUUCGAGUAAUGGUAAAUGCUUGAAGCGGUAUGAACCUAAUAAAGUACAAUAAAAUAUAAAAUAUUUUCUUUCUGGUGUUUUAAUAUUCACUUCGUAUACUCGAAAUCAAAUAGUUUUGGAAUCGAAUGUACGCAGUAGAUCGUCUCAGUAGACUGUUAUGGUCAAUGAUUCACGCAAUUUUCGAUAGAUGUUAUUGCAGCAUCGUUUGUUUAUAGCCACUGACUAAGAACAGGAUAGACGUGACAUUACAUGGGUGUUCGCGUCUCUGAUUCUGAAAUACAGGAAAAAAACCAAAGUUCAUUUGUAUUACACUGUGGUCAAGGAACAGGAACACAACAAGAGCCGACUCUCCACAUGGAAAUCCACAUGUAAAACAAGAAGGGCCUCUUCUGCGCAAGCAGGCACACGUAUAUGGAUACAUAUAAACACUAUGAAUGCCUCAGACAGAGGCAUUCAGAAGCAAAAUUUCAUUUUGUGCCUGUAUAUUUUUAUUCGUAUGAAAACA